UGCUCGUGGGCGGCCGCGGGGCUGCACGCGUCCGGCAUCCCGGGGCCGCUCCGGCCCGGGCGGCGAGGGGGCCCGGCGGUCCAUGCAUCCGCCGCCGCUCGCCGCCGCGAUGGAUUUCAGUCAGAACAGCCUGUUCGGCUACAUGGAGGACCUGCAGGAGCUCACCAUCAUCGAGAGGCCGGUCCGCCGGAGCCUCAAGACACCAGAAGAAAUAGAAAGACUGACAGUUGAUGAAGACCUCAGUGAUAUUGAAAGGGCUGUGUAUCUGCUCAGUGCUGGUCAAGAUAUCCAAGGAACAAGUGUGAUCGCAAAUCUUCCGUUUUUGAUGCGACAGAAUCCUGCUGAGACGCUUCGGAGAGUCUUGCCGAAAGUUAGAGAAGUCCUGCAUGUUGCAGGAGUGGAGAUACAGUUAACGGCGGCGGUAUCAUUUUUGACCAUUCUACAGGAAGAAUCAGUGUCAAUUCAUACAUAUGCCCACUCUUUCCUCCAAGUAAUUCUACUACAUCUGGAGCACAGGGACACAGGUGUCAGCAACGCGUGGCUGGAAACUCUUCUGUCUGUGAUAGAAGUGUUGCCCAAAGAAACCCUAAGGCAUGAGAUUUUGAAUCCACUUGUUUCCAAGGCACAACUUUCGCAAACAGUCCAGUCUCGUUUAGUUAGUUGUAAAAUUUUAGGAAAAUUAACCAACAAAUUUGAUGCCCAUACUAUUAAAAGAGAAAUACUUCCCCUGGUAAAAUCACUCUGUCAAGAUGUAGAAUAUGAAGUUCGAUCUUGUAUGUGUCGACAAUUAGAAAAUAUAGCUCAGGGCGUUGGGACAGAACUUACAAAAAGUGUGGUGCUCCCUGAAUUAAUAGAACUCUCUAGGGAUGAAGGCAGCAGUGUGCGGCUUGCAGCUUUUGAAACUUUGGUUAAUCUGCUUGACAUAUUUGAUACAGAUGACAGAAGUCAAACUAUACUUCCCUUAGUGAAAUCAUUUUGUGAAAAAUCUUUCAAAGCAGAUGAAUCAAUUCUUAUUUCCUUAUCUUUCCAUUUAGGAAAACUAUGCCACGGACUAUAUGGAAUUUUUACUCCAGAUCAACACUUGAGAUUUUUGGAGUUUUAUAAGAAACUUUGUACAUUGGGCUUGCAAGAAGAAAAUGGACACAAUGAAAACCAGAUUCCACCCCAAAUCCUAGAGCAGGAGAAGAAAUAUAUUUCAGUACGGAAGAACUGUGCUUAUAACUUUCCGGCCAUGACUGUUUUUGUUGAUCCUAAAAACUUCCACAUGGAACUCUAUUCUACAUUCUUCUGCCUUUGUCAUGACCCUGAAGUACCAGUCAGAUACACUAUUGCUAUUUGCUUUUAUGAAGUGUCCAAACUUCUGAAUUCUGGAGUAUAUUUAAUACAUAAAGAACUAAUAACAUUAUUACAAGACGAAUCGCUGGAGGUACUAGAUGCUCUUAUAGAUCAUCUUCCAGAAAUCCUGGAACUUAUGUCUACUGGUGGAGAAAGCAGUGUGCAAGAAAACAAGUUAUCAUCUCUGCCUGAUUUGAUUCCAGCACUCACAGCCGCCGAACAGCGAGCUGCAGCCUCUUUAAAAUGGAGAACUCAUGAGAAACUACUACAGAAAUAUGCCUGUCUGCCACAGAUCAUAUCAAGUGAUCAGAUUUACUAUCGUUUCUUACAAAGAAUGUUCGCAAUCAUGAUGACAAAUAACGUCUUACCUGUCCAAAAGGCAGCUUCCCGAACUCUAUGCGUUUUUCUACGUUAUAAUCGUAAACAAGAACAGAGACACGAAGUCAUUCAGAAAUUAAUUGAACAACUGGGCCAAGGAAAAAGUUACUGGAAUAGACUUCGAUUCUUGGAUACCUGUGAAUUUAUUAUAGAGAUCUUUUCCAAAUCAUUUUUCUGUAAAUAUUUCUUUCUACCUGCUAUUGAACUGACACAUGAUCCAGUAGCAAAUGUGAGAAUGAAACUUUGCUACUUGUUACCCAAAGUGAAGUCUACUCUGAAGAUCCCUGCAGAUAAGCUUCUACUUCAGCAGUUAGAAAUGUGUGUGAGAAAACUCCUAUGUCAAGAAAAAGAUAAAGAUGUACUGGCUAUUGUAAAAAGAACUGUGUUAGAGUUGGACAGAAUGGAAAUGUCUAUGGAUGCUUUUCAGAAAAAGUUUUAUGAAAAAGAUUUGUUGGAUCAAGAGAAAGAAAGAGAAGAACUGCUUCUUUUGGAAAUGGAACAAUUAGAGAAAGAGAAGCAACAGAAUGAUGGAAAGCCCAUGAGUGAUAAAACCUUUGAAAAGAAACAGAUUAAUAAGAAUUCGGAGGACAUUAUAGCACUUAAAACAGAGUUUGUUUUAGGUAGAGACACUAAGACACCAACAACUCUGCCCAAGAGCAUCCCCAUUUCUGUUCCCGGGCCCUCUUCUGGCACCCCAUCAACAAGCAAAGAAAUCAAGAAAUCCAAAUUGAUUCGAAGCCAGUCUUUUAAUAAUCAAGCUUUUCAUGCAAAAUAUGGCAACUUAGACAAGUGUGCUAGUAGUAAAAGUUCUGCAGCAACAUAUACUCCUCCUGUCUCAGCAAAGACUUCUAUGAUAUCACUAACUGAUGAUUCAUUCCGGACUCGUAAUGCCAACAAUGCUCCAACUUCCUUUUCUCCUAACAUUCCCCUGCCGAGCACCUCCCGUGGGACAGGUAACUCCGCUGAUCCAAAGAGCAGUGGAAGUAAAGACGCACAACCACGGAAGGCUACCUUAAAAUCCAGAAAAUCCAAUCCUUAAAUCAUUUACUUGAUGAAGGAGGCAAAACAAAGACAACUGGAGAUAGUGUGAUUGGUGGACAAGGCUGAAGCAAUGGCCAGGGCUUUUGUUUUUUUAAAUGAAUAGAAAAGAGAGACUUGAUGGCAGCCGAUGUUGUUAAACUUUCCAUAUUUGAAAUUAGCUUCCCUAGGAGGUAUAAUAUAUAUUUCUUGAAUAAUAAUGUGAUUACAGAAUUCCAAUGUUAUAGUGAAGUAUAACGAACAACAACUGUAGGUAUGUGCUUUAACUACUGCAAAAGAGACAAGUCUGCAUUUAUUUGUGCAGGAAACCAUCUAUUUAAUUGUUCUGGAGUUUUAGCAUUUAAAAAUUAUAUGAAAGUCCAAAUCAACUGAAAUUGCUUUAGCUAGAUAAUCACUUGGAGGGGGACUAGGGAGUAAAACAGACAUUGCAUUUUCUCACGAAUCUCCAAACCCAAUUGAAAAGUCACACCCAGAAGGGUACAAACAGCCAUCCACCAUUUUAUCAGUCUUACAGUUGUGGUGACAAUAUGUUCUACCUGGACAUUCCGAAAUUUAAAUCUGGCAAUGAAAAUUCUACAAAGAUUUCUGAUAACUUUUAGCUACAACUACCUUCAAAAUAAUAGAUUGAUGAUUUCCUUUAUUUCCUAGAAGAAUUUGUUUUAUAAAUACUUUGUUUACAUUUUAGAUUGUAUUUGUCCUUACUUAAUUUAAAAUGAUGAAUCUAGUUUGAAUCAGCUGUUAUUCCAAGCUAUCAUGCUUAAGCUAUAUCAACAGCAUUUAUUUGUACUAAUGCUAAUAUUUCCAUCAAAAUUUGCCUGUGGAGCAUAUACGGUUCUUAAUUUUAAAAUGUCAGUUCUUGAGAUAUACUGUAUGAAGCUAUUGUCAGCUUCUCUAUUUCAAAAUACAAUCAGCAUAUAACUAUAUUGAUAUUAGAAAAUGUUUUUUAAAAUAUAUUGAUGUAUGAUAAAGAUGAUCUAAUUUGUGAAUGCAUAUGCGUGUGUGGUUACUUUUUAUAAUGUGAAAUAAUGAAUAAUGAAUUUACUCAAAAUAAAACAUAGGUUAAUGAGAUACCUGUGUUUGUGAAAAAAGUUUUAAGUACUUUCCUGCAGUUUUUAUUCUAUAAUUAAAAAGAGUAAGACAGUUCAUUUUUAAGUAAUGGAUAAGAGAAGCACACCGACGUCAAUGUAAAGUACUCAGGGGACAGCUACUCAGUUUGAGACUUUUCCAUGCCAUUGGUUUCCCCUUUUCCUUCCAUAUGGCCUCUUUUUGGCUAUUUUUAGUGAUUCUUAAUAUCUUUCAUUUAAGGACAAUCAGGUAAAUGGAAUUGGUCAACAAACAACUCAUUUUGUCAGUAGUUGAAAGUUGGGCAGGUAUGAGAAACUUGACAAUACUGGCUAAAUAAAUUGAGUACAUUCUUUGUGGAUUUCACUGAACUAUUUUAGUGACGUCUUCCACUAGCAUUGCUAGCAUGGAAGUGAACACAUGAUGGUCUACGAGAGUAUUUGUGGUGUAUAAUGGGACAUCAAAUGGCAUCAGUUUUCCCAGCACUUUGAUCAUAGUCAGCAGUGACUCUGCUGCUUUAAACAAAAUGGAGAAUUUCAGUUUAUUUGUUCAAUAAUAAAUUUAGCAGAGUUAGUAGCUUUUAUUUUUCAUCACGCAUGCAGGGGAAGAGGAAAGCAAUUGAUGGAGAAAAGUUGCCACUGCUUAUAAACUUCAGGAAUAUACAGAAGUCAGCUGUAGUCUUAUUUCUACUCACUAUUAAAACAGUUAAUCAAAAUUACUUGUACAAGUUUUUUUU